CAACAUCAAGUACAUUACACAAGCACAAUGUCCGAUUCAGAAGAUCAGGCCGGCGUGCCUCUAAUCGAGCCCAUCUCCGACUCCGACUCCCCCGCGCCAGCCAAAUCCAAAUCGAACAAGCGAAAACGCGAGACCGAAGACGAUGCAGAAGCGAAGAAAGCAGCGAGGAAGGCGAGGCGGAAGGCGAAGAAGCCACAAGACAUAGACGACUCGACUCUGGAUGCAGAGAAGGGCAUAAACACAGCGAUUGCACAAAUGGACAGCCGACUCAUGGCAGACCACCUUGCUCAGAGGACCAAGCGAUUCCAGCCAGACUUGAGCUUGGUAGAAGCAGAGGAUUGGAGGUUGUCAGAGUCGAGUAUAGCGGACAGCACGAGCUUUGAUAAAGAUAGAGUGACGGAGAACUUGCCCGAGUUCCUGGAGCACUUUGCCGUGAAGAAGAGCGGGAAGAAAGGAAGCAAAGGCGACGGCGUGAGUUGGUCGCCGAAGGAGAAGGGCUCGCCCCACACGCUGGUGGUCACGGGCGCCGGACUGCGCGCUGCAGACUUGACCAGGGCACUACGGAAGUUCCAGACCAAAGACGCGAAAGUUGCGAAAUUGUUUGCGAAGCAUAUCAAGAUGGAGGAAGCUGUUCAACAGUUGAAGAAGGACAGAAUCAACAUCGGUGUCGGGACGCCGCAGCGGAUCAUGGAUCUGCUGGACGACGGUGCAUUGUCUGCUAUCAAGCUAGAUCGUAUUGUCGUCGACGCCAGCCAUAUCGAUCAAAAGAAGAGAGGCGUGCUGGAUAUGAAGGAGCUGCAGAUCCCGCUCGUGAACCUGCUCACGAGGAAAGAGUUCAAGGAGAGGUACGGCAGCGGAGACGGCAAGAUCGAACUGCUCUUCUAUUAGUUAUGGCUUGCCGAUAAGGCUACGAGUGGACGGAGUGAGGAGGUAGACUUCACGACUUCACCACACCUCCGGGCACGUUCCUGGCCUGUUAAGCAUCUUUCACGGGCUUUCCCUCACUUUGCUUGGCACUUCGACCCCCAGCACUUAUUGCAGCAUGGUUGCCCGCGAUUCAGGCGAGCCCACCAAGGGCGUUGGCGCACGUUACAAGUGAUGCCGUUCGAAGGCGACCGAUACCAUGUCCUUGGGCUAUGUGCGACCACAGCCUACGACCAAUAAAUGGAGCACAACCUCUUUUCGUCUCCUCGCAGCUGACAGAGGCCUGUCAACUUCGACACCAUCAGUGCACACGGAUGACUCGUGAGCACGCGUGGGGUGCAGUAAUAGAGUAGAUCGCCAGAGCUAAUGCAGAUUGACCUUCAGUGUAAGUGAAGACUUUUACUUUUGCCGCACCACAGCGCGUGCUUGCCACUUCAACGUCAGCCGUUGCAAGUGAAGCUCAACUCAUGCAGCUCAUGUUUGC